GUGCUUCGUCACGACCCCAGCUAUGAGUUCUUCAAAUUCUUCCUCCGCCGUCAGAUCGUCGGCGAAACACGCGGCGGAGCGAAUUCAGCAGCACUUGCCUCCCAACGGCAAUCACGCUAUAUCUCUCUCUUCUUCUUCCUUGAAUUUGCCUUCUAGAACCUCUAUCAUCGCUCCCGGAGUUGCACAUUCUUCUCGCCCUAAAGAUCGUCCCUCCGCUUCUUCCAUCUCCAACGCUUCCUCCGUCUCCGCCUCUUCUCCUUCUACACGCCGCUCUGGCACUCCCGUCCGCCGAUCCCAGUCCAAAGACUUCGACGACGACAAUGAUCCUGGGAGAGUCAGAGUUUCUGUAAGAGUUCGACCUCGCAACGGCGAGGAGCUUAUCUCGGAUGCUGAUUUUGCUGAUCUUGUUGAGUUACAACCAGAAAUAAAGCGGCUUAAGUUGAGGAAGAAUAACUGGAAUUCUGAGUCCUAUAAAUUUGAUGAAGUCUUUACAGACACAGCUUCACAAAAGCGUGUCUAUGAAGGAGUAGCAAAACCUGUCGUCGAGGGUGUUCUGAGUGGAUACAAUGGUACCAUUAUGGCUUACGGUCAAACUGGCACUGGUAAAACUUACACGGUAGGAAAAAUUGGUAAAGAUGAUGCAGCUGAGCGUGGUAUUAUGGUUAGAGCUCUGGAGGACAUACUUCUCAACGCAUCUUCUGCUUCUAUUUCCGUGGAGAUCUCUUAUUUGCAGCUAUAUAUGGAAACUAUACAAGAUCUUCUUGCACCUGAGAAAAAUAACAUUUCAAUCAAUGAGGAUGCUAAGACUGGGGAAGUAUCAGUACCAGGCGCUACAGUAGUUAACAUUCAAGAUUUAGACCAUUUCUUGCAGGUUUUGCAAGUCGGUGAGACUAACCGUCAUGCAGCAAAUACAAAGAUGAAUACAGAAUCCUCUCGUAGUCAUGCAAUCCUUACGGUUUAUGUUAGGCGGGCUAUGAAUGAAAAGUCUGAAAAGGCAAAACCUGAAUCAUUGGGAGAUAAAUCCAUUCCUAGAGUUAGAAAGAGCAAACUUCUAAUUGUUGAUCUUGCUGGCACUGAUGGCCACAUGAUUGAAGAGGCAAAAUUCAUCAAUCUUUCACUGACAUCCCUGGGAAAAUGCAUAAAUGCGUUAGCUGAAGGCAGUUCUCAUAUACCAACAAGAGAUUCUAAGCUAACAAGGCUUCUUCGUGAUUCUUUUGGGGGUUCUGCGAGGACUUCACUUAUAAUAACAAUUGGGCCAUCUGCACGGUAUCAUGCAGAAACCACUAGCACAAUAAUGUUCGGACAAAGGGCAAUGAAAAUAGUUAACAUGGUAAAGCUUAAAGAAGAAUUUGAUUAUGAGAGUUUGUGUCGGAAGCUUGAGACUCAGGUGGACCAUCUUACUGCAGAAGUUGAAAGACAAAACAAACUAAGAAAUAGUGAGAAACUUGAGUUGGAAAAAAGAUUGAGAGAAUGUGAAAACUCCUUCGCUGAAGCAGAAAAGAAUGCGGUUACAAGGUCCAAGUUCCUGGAGAAGGAAAACACCCGCUUGGAGCUCAGCAUGAAAGAACUUUUGAAGGAAUUGCAACUGCAGAAAGAUCAGUGUGAUCUAAUGCAUGACAGAGCCAUACAAUUAGAGAUGAAACUGAAAAAUACCAAGGAACAAGAGAUGGGCAACUAUCAAUAUCAAAGGGAACUUGCGGAAACCACUUACACAUAUGAAUCUAAAAUUGCAGAGCUGCAGAAGAAAUUAGAAGAUGAAGAUGCUCGGUCUAAUGCUGCAGAAGAGCAACUUAGACAAAUGAAAAGGCUUAUAAGCGAUCGCCAAGUUAUAUCACAGGAAAAUGAAGAGGCAAACGAACUCAAGAUAAAAUUAGAAGAACUUUCACAAAUGUAUGAAUCGACAGUAGAUGAACUCCAGACAGUGAAAUUAGACUAUGAUGAUCUGCUCCACCAAAAGGAAAAACUUGGUGAAGAGGUUCGAGAUAUGAAGGAAAGGCUCCUUUUGGAAGAAAAGCAGAGAAAGCAAAUGGAGAGUGAGCUUUCCAAACUAAAGAAGAAUCUAAGGGAAAGUGAAAAUGUUGUUGAGGAAAAGCGAUAUAUGAAGGAAGAUCUUUCAAAAGCAUCAUCAGAAUCUGGAGCUCAAACUGGCUCACAGAGAUCACAAGGGUUAAAAAAGUCGUUAUCUGGUCAGAGAGCUACCAUGGCGAGACUUUGUGAAGAAGUUGGAAUUCAGAAGAUUUUACAACUCAUUAAGUCUGAAGACUUGGAAGUUCAAAUUCAAGCAGUAAAAGUGGUUGCUAAUCUAGCCGCUGAAGAGGCUAAUCAGGUGAAGAUUGUGGAGGAAGGGGGUGUAGAAGCUUUGCUCAUGCUAGUCCAGUCAUCUCAAAAUUCAACGAUUCUUAGGGUGGCUUCUGGUGCAAUUGCUAAUUUGGCAAUGAACGAGAAAAGUCAAGAUCUUAUAAUGAACAAAGGAGGUGCUCAACUCCUAGCAAAAAUGGUGACUAAAACAGACGACCCACAGACUCUAAGAAUGGUAGCUGGUGCACUUGCCAAUUUAUGCGGGAACGAGAAGUUUCUUAAGCUGCUGAAAGAAGAGGAAGGCAUCAAGGGACUACUCACGAUGGCACAAUCUGGAAACAUAGAUAUCAUUGCUCAAGUGGCUAGAGGGAUGGCAAAUUUUGCAAAGUGUGAAACUCGAGAAAUUAUGCAAGGGCGUAGAAAAGGCCGUUCCCUUCUCUUGGAAGAGGGUGCUCUUGAAUGGUUGACUUCAAACUCACAUAUUGAUUCAGCAUCAACACAACGUCACAUUGAGCUUGCGCUUUGCCAUUUAGCUCAAAAUGAGGAAAAUGCAAAUGAUUUCAGAAGAACAGGAAGCGUGACAGAGAUUGUAAGAAUAUCUGUGGAGUCAAGUAGAGAUGAUAUUCGCAGUUUAGCAAAGAAGAUACUCAAAACAAACCCUUACUUCUCAAGCUGAACAGACGGUAAAAGAAAAGUGUACAUAACAUAACUGGCGGGUGGCACAGAUUCUUAGCUGAUUCUACAAGCAUGUCAUUAGAUUGACUUUGUGAUUGGCGACGACAGUCAAGAAGAGAAAAGCAAAGAUUUUUACAGGAAAUGAGUGUUAGGAGAUUAUGUGCUGUGAUAACUUGUUUGAUGUAGUAUACUGUCUCUGUUUCGAUAUGUUAGAUUGAUGUUGAGAAACAUUGAAUACAUGGUCAAACUCAUG